ACAAUUGUCAUUUUGCGAACUUUUGUGCAGUAUAAAGUACAGAAAAUGAUGAAUUUCGUAAAUUUGCCGGAUAUUCUAGAAGAAGAUGACGAUCUAGAUGUACUAGAAUUUGUAGUGCAUGGGAUUCCUCGUCAAAUUUAUGAGAGGAAAAACUAUUUUGAUGCGUUUGACGAAGUAGCAUUUCGCCGGAGAUUCAGGCUUUCUAGAGCUAGUGUUUUGUGUUUGUUAGAAGAGAUAGAACGUGAAUUGGAAUAUCCACACGAUAUGAAUAAUUCUGUAGCGCCAAUGAACCAGUUACUAGCCUGCUUGCGACUGUAUUCUACGGGAGGGCAUCUUCAGCAAGUUGCUGAUUUCAUGGGAAUGCACGUUUCAACUGUAUGCAGGAUAGUGAAACGUGUUUCAGAAGCUAUUGCAAGGUUGUACGGACAAUAUAUACGAUUUCCGCAUGGAAUUGGAGAAAUUCGAGCAACCCAACAAGGCUUUUUUAGUAUAGCUGCGUUUCCUAGAGUUAUAGGUGCAAUUGAUGGCACUCAUAUAAAAAUACAGUCACCAGGAGGGAAUGAUGCUGAGAUAUAUCGCAAUCGCAAGCAAUUUUUUUCCAUCAAUACCCAAGUAAUUUGUGACAGCAAAUUGAAAAUUACUAACGUUGUUGCGAGAUGGGCUGGAUCAGCGCACGAUUCAACAAUAUUUAACCAUAGCAGUAUCAACCGUGAUUUUUUAAACAAUUUGUAUCCCAAUUGUAUACUAUUAGGUGAUAGUGGAUAUGCUAAUGGGAACUUUUUACUGACGCAGUUGUUGCAUCCAAGAACUCCCGUGCAACAACUUUACAACGAAAGUCACAUUCGUACUCGAAAUGUUGUAGAAAGAUGCUUCGGGGUGUUGAAACGCAGAUUCCCAAUCUUAGCUUAUGAGGCACCCCCUGCUCCUGAAGAGAUAAAUGAGCAGGAUUUGGAAGUGCAAAUAAAUGACGGACAAAUGCCCAACAUUGAAGAAGGGCCAGACCCAGUUCGCUAUGAAUUACCAAUGCAGAACGAUUAUUAUAAUUAA